GACGCAUGGGUCUGAACUUUCACCACCCCGGAGCAGAUCACAUUAUGCCGUUGAACAGUGAGUAGUGUUUCAGAACAUACAAUAGGCUAUUUCCCUUUAAAUCCCUCUAUGUUACAAUGUUAUUUUGGAUGUAUGUAUUUGUGCUUUAAUUGUGGCAUUCGGUUUGACACGCAGAGUGGUGCCAUUGUGUUGCUUCUCUGUUGUACGGAAACUAACAAUACAAACCUAUUCAGAAGUAGUGUCAUCAUGACACACCUAUGCAGGAUGCCUCAGGAUAUGCCCUAGGGUUGGGGCAGGGAUCGUCACAGGGCCCAUACACAGUAGGGCACAGAUGCCCACUCAUGCUAAUCCCACCUCGCACCCCAAGUGUUACCCCCUGACACCAUAAACCCAGCAUGGACCUAUCUCUCAGCGCAGAGCAGGGGGGAACCACAGUCAACGACCCCUGAAUACCGGUUCUAAAAAUAGCCGACCUGUAACACUAGAUUACCCCCCCCCCACCCCUUUUCCGUGUCUGGGAGAUAAUUAUUUUUCAUAAUUCAUAAGUGUCACUUUUUCUCCCUCAGUCCAGUUUUUUUCUUUCUUUUCCCUCAGAGUUACAGACAGUGAGUUGGCAAAAGGCUCUUCCUUUCAGCGUUGUCAAAACUUCUGUGAGAGGAAAGCGGAUUGGUGGAGCUCGGCUCAAGACAUCUGGGAGUGUUAGUCGAGCCCUGGGUCAUGAUCAUUAGGCACCAAAUGAGAGAGGACUGACUAAAACAGGGAGGGACUACCUGGACUUGUCCAAUAAGAAAUGCUAAUUUUGUUUUCCAUUGCAAAAGGUUUUUAAACGUUUUCUGUUGCGUAACCUUAUGAACACGACCUUGGUUUCUCCUCACUCGCCUGGUUGGGGAUGCCAGCAGGGGAAGCAGUGAGAAAAGAGAGGAAAUGAGGAUGAAUGGAAAAGGAGAAGAUAUCCAAGAAGGCUUAUAGUAACUUGUUUUACUGCUGUCACAGCUUGACAACACUGCCGUCUGUUUUCUCUUUAACUAGUUAUUUUCAUCAUCAGUCCUUUGGGAAACACAUUUCAAAUAGAUGUUAAACUGCUGUUCUAGAGAGUUUAACUUAAGCACAGAUCUCAGAUCUGCACGGAGCUCUGGCAUCUGUCAGAAUUGACCCUCGCAGCUGUAGUCUCCAAUGUCAGCACUGCUUUAGAUGUGAGGAAAGCUGGUUAACGUUAGUCUACUCUUCAUCUCUCCAUUGUCUCAGCUGUUUGAAGCCUUGUAGCCUAGAAUCUGUCUGAGACACAUUCUCUCAUUUGAGUCUUUCCACUGAUUUUGUGGCUAAGAUGGAGGAUGAACCGUAAGGCAACAUGGAUUUAUGGUUGAAGAUGAACUGAUAUCUUAGUAGAAGUGUAAGGGCCUAGCAGAUAUUUUUCAGAACCGCUCCUCUCCGUACAACAAUGCUUUGAAUCUGUGCAGACAUAACAGACAUAACGCUCCUCAUGCCCAGAAGAUCUUCCCGUCAUCCCUUCAAAAAUCUCCUCUCUGACACUCACAUUUCUGAGUCUCUGCGUACUCCUGUUCCUGCCCUCACUCUCAUCCUCCUUGUCUUAUCCUCCCUCACCAGAGUGACUGACAGUUUCCCAACAGCACUUACUAGUCUACACUAGAUCAGCGGGUUCCACCCGUCCACCGUUUUCCCCUUGUUGCUAGGCGCCUUUGUCUCUCCUAAGGCCCUGACAGUGGGAGAAUAAAAUGGAGAACAUUGGUCUGAACAACGGUGCUCUGUGGUGAGAAGAGCCAGAGAGUUUUAAUGAAAAGCCAGUAAGCGAAGAGGCCUGGAUACAAUGUCUCUGUCAAGGGGGGGGGGGGGGGAGGGAGGGAGGGGGGGGGGGGGUCGCAAAAGGGCACCAGCACAAUGGAAGCCCCAUAUUGGUUUUUAGGAGAAGACCGUUUUCUCUCUCUGUGACACUUGACUGUGAGAAGGUCUGUUUAGGGAUGUAUUACCAGAAGCCCCUCUGCACUGUCUACUGGCAUUAAUGUUAUAGACUGUUUGUCUCUUGUUUGCCUUUUUCUCAGCCACAGCAAGGCUCCUAUUCAGGCAUAUUGGGUGCAUUCAAGGAAGGUUUUUGAAAUUUCACGUGUGAAAACGCACACACACCAAACAAUACAUUUGUUGUGGUCUUUCAUGUAAGUCCUUUGCUACUGUGUUUCCUAAGCGCUAGCUAACACUUCAAAGGUUUGUUCAGAAAGCCCACGAAUACCGUAACUAAUGUGAUGGAGAGAAAAGUCACAAAGGCUUAUCUCUGUCUGCUGUACCUUUUUUGGCCUGUUCACUAAAUUGAAAUCUGCCAGCCAACCCUAUCACAUAGUAGGGCAGUCCUCCUCUCACAGUUUUCCUGUCCGGACCCUGAGACUCAGGCUUCCAUGGCUCCAUCCACAGGGCAGCUGUGAGUGGACAAUUCUCACUGGAUAAAGACUCUGUUUCACUAGUUCAUGAUUUAAUGACAUCUGUCUAUGCGUGUCGCUAUAUCAGCCACAUUCAUGAAUAUUGACGCUGGGCAGAAAUUAGAGUAAACGUGAGCUAGGUAGUAGUCCGUGUUUAUUGCCUGAGAUGAUAAUCUGGAUAAUAGGGUUUAGUCAUUGCUCUGUUAUUGCAGGUGAAUAUUUUGGAGUAGUAAGGCAUAUUAUAUCUCAUUCUCCUCUGCCCGGCUAGGGCAGGUGCAGCAGGUUUCCUGUGGGCUACUGCCAGCUAACCCAUAAUGAAGCCUUGUCUCCCUCCAUCGCUGAUGAUUAGGUGUGGCCGUCUGUGUCUGUGGUUUCGCUGUUGCCUUGGUGAUGUUCUGCCUGGUUGUCUUCCCACGAAACCCAUGUCUCUGUCCCUCUCCUUUCCAUACCCCUCUCUCUCCCUCUCUCUCCCUCCCUCCUUCUCCCACUGUUCACAAGCAGCCAGGAGCUAUGGCCGCAGAAGAGGUAACUUGUGGAAUUUUACUGUGUUUCUGCUUGCCAAAAUGAAUGGGAUGCAUGAGCACAAAUGCUUGUGUCUCUCCGUACGGGUGUUUCUCUUUCCAGGACUGAGGGUUCUAGUGUGAUGUCACAUGAUCUGCCUUCGUCUGUGCUGUGAUUGGAUGAAAUCAUGUUAAUUUACGCACCUUUUUGUUUUGACGUCAUUGCAUUUAAUCAAGUCGGGGAGAGGCGGAUGAUCAAAUGACAGUAUUCAGACCCCUUGACUUUUUGUUACGUUACAGCCUUAUUCUAAAAUGGAUUAAGAAAAUAAAAAUGACAGAGCAAAAACAGGUUUUUAUAAACCUUUGCACAAAAAAUUAAUAAUAAUAAUGUAUAUAACAUUUACAUAUGUAUUCAGACCCUUUACUCAGUACUUUGAUGAAGCACCUUUGGCAAAGAUUACAGCCUCUCUGUCAGGUUGGAUGGGGAACGUCACUGCACAGCUGAUUUCAGGUCUCUCCAGAGAUGUUUGAUCGGAUUCAAGUCCGGGCUCUUGCUGGGCCACUCAAGGACAUUCAGAGACUUGUCCCGAAGCCACUCCUGCGUUGUCUUGGCUGUGUGCUUAGGGUUGUUGUCCUGUUGGAAAGUGAACCUUCGCCCCAGUCUGAGGUCCUGAGUGCUCUGGAGCAGGUUUUCAUCAAAGAUCUCUCUGUACUUUGCUCCGUUCAUCUUUCCCUCGAUCCUGACUAGUCUCCCAGUCCCUGCCACUGAAAACAUCCCCGCAGCAUGAUGCUGCCACCACCAUGCUUCACCGCAGGGAUGGUGCCAGGUUUCCUCCAGACGUGACGCUUGGCAUUCAGGCCAAAGAGUUCAAUCUAUGUUUCAUCAGACCAGAAAAUCUUGUUUCUCAUGGUCUGAGUCCUUUAGGUGCCUUUUGCAAACUCCAACUGAGCUGUCAUGUGCCUUUUACUGAGGAGUGACUUCCGUCUGGGCACUCUACCAUAAAGGCCUGAUUGGGGGAGUGCUGCAGAAAUGGUUGUCCUUCUGGAAGGUUCUCCCAUCUCCACAGAGGAACUCUGGAGCUCUGUCAGAGUGACCAUCGGGUUCUUGGUCACCUCCCUGACCAAGGCCCUUCUCCCCCGAUUGCUCAGUUUGGCCUGGCGGCCAUCUCUAGGAAGAGUCUUGGUGGUUCCAAACUUCUUCCAUUUAAGAAUGAUGGAGGCCACUAUGUUCUUGGGGACCUUCAAUGCUGCAGACAUUUUUAGGUACCCUUCCCCUGAUCUGUGCCUCGACACAAUCCUGUCUCGGAGCUCUUCGGACAAUUCCUUCGACCUCAUGGCUUGGUUUUUGCUCUGACAUGCACUGUCAACUGUGGGACCUUAUAUAGACAGGUGUGUGCCUUGCCAAAUCAUGUCCAAUCAGUUGAAUUUACCACAGGUGGACUCCAAGUUGUAGAAAUAUCUCAAGGAUGAUCAAUGGAAACAGGAUACACAUGAGCUCAAUUUCGAGUCUCAUAGCAAAGGUUCUGAAUACUUAUGUAAAUAAGUUAUUUCUGUUUUUAUUUUUUUUACAUUUGUAGAAAUUGGUCUGAAUACUUUCCGAAUGCACUGCACUUCCGAAUUUUGUAUCCAAAAUAAAUGUUUUUUACAAGGUAUCAUAAAAACAUUGAGGAAGUACACUGACUCAGAAACUAUUUAUGUCCUGAAUAGAAAGAAUGGGAGUUGCGGACAUGCUCUUCUCUGAUUUGGAGUGUUCAACUAAUUCAUAUUUCCUCACUGAGGAAAGCCCUGGUAACAUUUGCAACUUUGUUGAAAUGUUGUUGCAGUGCUUGCAUUUGUUGCAUCUAAGAAUUAUAGGACUUUUUAAGUCUGACUGUUGGCAGUACAUUAUUCCACAUGUAGACAGCGCUUAUGACUCAGCGAUCAACAGAUCGGACGGUUAUUAUCUUUAAGUCAGCCGUCCUGUAUUUUUCUAUAGCUGUGUGCCUGUUAGCAUGGUAAGUAAAAAUACAUGUACAGUAGCCUACACCUAAAAGAGGCCUCUGACAUUGUCUACCUCCAGAUCUUAGAUACAUGCAGCUCCAUUCCGUCAGUACACAGUCCUCUUUGCCCUCACCUGUAAGAGGUCAUCUACUGCUGUGGCAAAUGGUCAGCCGUCUUGCCCUCUAUCCCUCCUGCACCCUCCACCCCUUGUUCCUAUCGCCUGCAGGAACAAGGGUCUAUCUGGUGGAAGAAGGCUAUGAAGGACUUAGGGGUUUUUCUGGAUCAAAAUGGGGCUUAGGUGGUGGGCAUGGCGGGGCGCCGGCCAAAAGUUUUAGAGGCCCUCCUGUUGGCCACAUUGACAAAAUGUUGCAUCUUUAAAGAUAAUUUCCUGCAAUUCUACAAAUUUUGCCAUGAGGCUGAGAAUGUUUUUUUGCAGUUUUAUAGCCAAUUUCCUGCAAUUAUACACAUUUUGCUAUGGCUUAUGCUAUCUGAGUGACUCAAACAUUAUAACAAAAUCAAUGGGUGCCCCAUGCCAUGACAAAAAUAUUCCUGAAUGCGUAAUUUUGGGAAUUGUAGUGUCUCUGACUCUGUUUUUGGUGAUUGUUAGUUCUCAGAGGAUUUUAUAAAAAAAUAUAUAGGUCAAUUAUAUUUUUUACAUACUCUUUAUCUGGUUUAGUUGUUUAAGAUUACACUGAAAACUUUUUUUUCGAUCCCAAAGAUUAUUUUCAAAAACAUAAAUAUAUAUAUAUAUAUUUUUUUACUGUUUGAACAUAGGCAACCCGAAAAAACACAGGUGGCUCGUCCGAGGAGGGCAGGCAGGCCCACAAUGUUUGAAGAAAGAGAGUUCAUGAAGCAGCAUGAUUGUGAUUUGACCUUCCUCUGUAAGGAGACUGCUAUUGUUACCAGUUAUAAUAACACCAUCUCUCCGUCUCUCUCUCUCUCUCUCUCUCUUUCAUAUCCUCCCUGUCUUCACCUCUUCUGUUUUGUACCCUUCUCUUCUCCCUGUUAUCCUUGCUUGUCAUCUCUCUUUCCCUCUCAAUCCCCCCCCUCUCUCUUUCUCCCUCUCUCUCUCUCGCUCCCCUCUCUCUCUUUCCAGGUCGCUCUUCACUCUUUCCCUUUGAGGACAGUUUCCUGGACGACGGGCACAGUGACCCCUCUCUGACUGCGGGGUUGAACUCGCCCACCCGCUGUCAGAACGAAGAGCGGAUGGAGCGCUACUCCAGG